AAUAAACAGAGCUGUUCUUAAAGUCCAAUGUGUAUUUUUUGUAGAGGAGAGAAGCCCUACUCCUGUGGCAUAUGUGGCAAGUCCUUCUCGGACUCCAGUGCCAAGAGGAGACACUGCAUUCUGCACACGGGCAAAAAGCCUUUCUCCUGCCCGGAGUGUAACCUGCAGUUCGCACGCUUGGACAACCUGAAGGCUCACUUGAAAAUCCACAGCAAAGAGAAGCCCGCGUCAGAUGCCCCCGGCGGUCCUAACACUGAGGAGGUCAGGAAUAUUCUCCAGCUGCAGCCGUAUCAGCUCGCAGCCUCUGGAGAGCAGGAAAUCCAGCUUCUCGUCACCAAUUCUGUACACAACAUCAACUUCAUGUCGGGCCCCAGCCAGGGAAUCAGCAUCGUCGCUGCCGAGGGCUCUCCGAACUUGGCGGCCGAGCAGGCUGCCGACCUGGCCCUGCUCACGCAGCCACCGCAGCCGCUGCAGAACUUCCUUCUCUCCGCCCCGCAGGAGCCCACGGAGCACAUGCAGGGCCUCAGCGUGAUCGAGAGCCCGCUGGAGCCCGCGCAGACCGAGCCGGUGCACGUAAUCACGCUCUCCAAGGAAACCUUGGAGCAUCUGCACGCCCAGCGGGGGCAGACUGCGGAGCUGCCCUUGGCAGGUGCGUCGGACCCCACACCACACCUGCCGCUGACGCCGGCCCCGCCCACCGCCCACGUGCCCCCCGCCCUCCCCGCUGAGCCCGGACGGGAGCUGAGCUGA